GGACUAUAAACCUGCGCCCGGAGGUCGGAACCCGAACUGUGGACCAGCCCCAGCAGCCUUACGGCUAGUCCCCGCGCAGCCUAUCCCUGCGCAGCGAUAGGCACUCGAGCGAGCCGCUUCUGCCCGGACAUGGAGAAUCGAUUCACAUAUGAAGAUUAUCAGAACACUGCAGAAUGGCUUCUCUCUCAUACCAAGCACCGACCUCAAGUGGCAGUGAUCUGUGGCUCUGGGUUAGGAGGUCUGACUGAUAAACUAACUGAGGCUCAGACUUUUGAGUACACUGAGAUACCCAACUUUCCCCAAAGCACAGUGCCAGGUCAUGCUGGCCGACUGGUGUUUGGAAUCCUGAAUGGCAGAACUUGCGUGAUGAUGAAGGGCAGGUUUCACAUGUAUGAAGGCUAUCCACUCUGGAAGGUGACAUUCCCAAUAAGGGUUUUCCGGCUCCUGGGUGUGGAUACCUUGGUGGUCACAAAUGCAGCUGGAGGGCUCAACCCCAAGUUUGAGGUUGGAGAUAUCAUGCUGAUCCGUGAUCACAUCAACUUUCCUGGUUUCUGUGGUCAGAACCCCCUCCAAGGGCCUAAUGAUGAACGGUUUGGAGUUCGUUUCCCUGCCAUGUCUGAUGCUUAUGACCGGGAUAUGAGGCAAAAGGCUCUGAGUGCCUGGAAACAAAUGGGGGAGCAGCGAGAGCUCCAGGAAGGGACCUAUGUGAUGUUGGCAGGCCCCAGCUUUGAGACCAUUGCCGAGUGUCGCCUGCUGCAGAGCCUGGGGGCAGAUGCUGUUGGGAUGAGCACAGUGCCAGAAGUCAUAGUGGCCCGACACUGUGGACUUCGAGUCUUUGGCUUCUCACUCAUCACUAACAAGGUCAUCAUGGAUUAUGAAAAUCUGGAGAAGGCCAAUCACGAGGAAGUGCUGGAGGCUGGGAAACAAGCUGCACAGAAAUUGGAGCAGUUUGUCUUCUUACUUAUGGCCAGCAUUCCUCUUACCAGCUGACAGCUCUGGAGGGGUUUGGUGCUUCCCUCACUGGAUCCAAGUAGCUACCACCUGUUCUGGCCCCUUGCUGGGGUUGUGUGCCUCUUCCUUUAGGCAGGAGAGAUGAGGACCAUAGCCCUGACAUUCCCUUCCCCACUUGCCCUCCCUAGUCAUUCCAGGACCUCAUCCUCUUGCACAGUUGCCUUCUCAGCAGUUUUUGAACCUUUGUCCUGUAACAGCUGAGCCUACCACACCUAGGAUCACCCCACAAACUUCUAGCUUUGUGCCCUCUGAUCCUGAGUGACUCAAUUCUACUCCACUGGACCAAACAAAGAUCAGUCCAAUGCCUUUUGGACUUUUAUUUAGCACUGUCAUGUUUUGAAUAAAAAGAUGAAAUGUU